UCCCUACUCACUAGUCAGUACUCAGUAGUCAUUCCUACACAGAUCAUUUGCAGUCAUUACUCAUUUGUGUUUUUUUUGUAAAUUGUGAUUAAUUCAAAUUAUCACUGUAUACGUUUAAAAAAUUAAACGUAUGUACAAUAAAUUAAGAUAAUUUUAUUCAUCUGACUUUUAGUCAAAUUUAAAGCUUUAAAAUGGAACUGAGUACAGGAACGAAAAACUUUCUUAUAUUUAUUCAAGAAGAUUGGAAGUUGUUGUUAUGCCUUACUGUUCUAUUUAUUUUAUACUUUCAUUACACAAGUUCAUUUGAUUACUUUGAAAACAAAGGAAUAAAAUUCAUGAAGCCAGUAAUUUUCCUGGGAAAUUUGGGGCCAAGAGUAUUUGGAACAAAAUCUUUUCAUGAAUUACAAAUAGACAUUUACAAGCAUUUCAAAGGAAACCCCUUUGGUGGAGUCUUUGAAGGCCGUAGACCAGUAUUAUACAUAUUUGACCCAGACCUUAUUAAGUCAGUGAUGAUAAGAGAUUUUGAUCAUUUUACUGAUAGGAACACAUUAGGAAGUAGGGAGCCAAAAUAUAUAAGUAGGAGUCUUCUUAACCUAAAGGGUGCAGAAUGGAAAGCUGUUAGAAGUAUAAUGACACCAACUUUUAGCUCAGCUCGUCUCAAAAAUAUUCUUCCUUUGAUUCAUUCAUGUGCAGAUCAAAUGGUUGAUUUUUUGAAACUAUAUGAGAACAAAGAUGUAGAUAUGAAAGAUUGUAUGGGUCAUUUUACAUUGGAAGUCAUAAGUGUCACUGCAUUUGGUAUAAAGAGUGAUGCCUUGACUAAGGAAAAUGCUGAAUUUGUUAAGAUAGCAGAAAAGUUUAACUAUAUGCCUCUUUAUAAAAGAUAUUUCGUUUUCUUUGUAUUAUUGUUUGUUCCUGGUCUAUUCAAAUAUCUCAAUAUUUCAUUCUUGAAUGGUAAAACAAUGAGUAAACUAAAUGAAAUAUUGCAAGUUACGAAGGCUGAACGUAGAGUCUCUUCAUUAAAGCAUAAUGACUUCUUGCAACUAAUGCUUGAUGCAGCGCAAAAAGAGAAGGAUCAGGCAAAGGAUAAAGAGGAAUUGCAUUUAGACGAUGGAACAAUAGAUGCCCAAAUAAUCUUAUUCCUUCUCGCUGGAUUUGAAACGUCAAGUUCCUUGUUAUCGUUCGCAAUACACGUGCUAGCAACACGGCCAGACCUACAGGAGAAACUACGAAAACACGUUAUAGAAGUAACGGAAGGAAAGGAAAUUAAUUAUGACCUACUCACAGAACUUGACUAUCUGGAAGCAUUUCUCAAUGAAACACUACGCAUGUACCCUCCGGUUGCAAAAGUGGACAGAAUUGUUACUAAACCGUACGUUUUACCCGGGUCAUCUAUUAGCCUGGAGGUCGGUAAAAUGGUGUCCAUACCGAUAUAUGCCAUUCAUAUGGACCCAGAAAUAUAUCCAGACCCACAAGAAUUUAAACCAGAAAGGUUUUUAAAAGAUAACGCGGCCAGAACGUCUCAUCUGUUUUUGCCGUUUGGAGCCGGACCUAGAGUUUGUAUAGGUCUUCGAUUUGCAAUGAUGUCCUCAAAAAUGGCAAUGGUGUCACUGUUAAAGAAUUUUAACUUCAAAAUCUGUUCGAAAACUCAAAAUCCUGUACAAUUUGAUAAACGUGCACUUAUGUUGAAAGCUAGCAAAGGAUUAUAUGUUCGUGUUGAAAAAAUUUAAACCUGACUCAAAAACGGGAAUUUUUUUUGACAGUAAAUACAGAUUGGUUCCGAUUGCAAGAAUAUACAUUAAUUUGGUUAUUAUUAUUCGUUGGUCGUAAUGGUUUCCCAGAAAAUAUUAGUACAAUUUAGUUUUCUAGUUGAAUAUUUUAAUUUAAAUAGUAGUUAUUAAGUUGACUUCUACAAUCGUUUUACAAUGAUUCCCGCAUAAAGGUACAUCUUUAGGUCUUAAUCGUAUUAAUAAUAAACAAAACCGGCUGUAUGAAGAUUUUUACUCAAAGACUCUCAUUUGAAAUCUCUUAGUACUUUUUUAAAAGGUAGUUCAGAACAAGAAUUAUAAUAUUUUCCUGAAAUAGUCCUGAAUAGCUGUGCUAAGGUUGAAUUUUCCAGCAUUGCAUUGAACUUCAGUUUUACGUAGUAUUUUGAGUAAUUGUAGUUUGGUAUGACAGUAUAAACAGUUAAAUUUUUCAGUAUUAAUAAUUCCUAUAACACUCAAAAUAAAUUCUCCAUUUAUAUGGUUUGUCAUGUAAUGUGAAAUAAAAAUAGUUAUGUUAAGUAACAAGUACAUUUAGUACUAUGCUUUUUAUUUUAAUUUGGGUUAAGGUAUAUUUAUUGUUUUGGUGAAAGACAUUUGAUAAUAUAUUACCAAUUUUUUAUAGAAAUUCCAUCUUAUUGUGGAUUUUGCCAUAUUAUUGUGAUACACAUUUACAUAAAUCUCAGAUAUACAAUAACGUUUAUUUUAUAAAAAAUAUCUUUCUGACACAUGAGAUUUUUUAAAUAUUUUUGCUAAUCUGAAUAAUCGAAUAAUUCUCUACACUAAGAUAAAUAGCCAGUCUUCAAAUAUUAUUUCUUACUUAGUUUAAACUACAUAAUUUUUGUUACCUACACAAAGUUUAGUACAAUGUAACAUAUUUGGAGAUUAGAUAUUGUGAUAAUUAUACAAAUAUGGUAUUUAUUUUGUGAAUAAAUGGUUUACAAUAAA